AUGAUCGGGGAGGUGACCCUUACCAGACCGAGAUACACACAACUGAGGUCGGAGAGGGUGAUGGCCUUGGGCCCAAUGUGCAUGUCUCACCCACUUCCCACUCCCCGCCUCUCGCUGCAGGGCUACAUAAAACCCAAUCUGGGAGUGCUAACAACAAGAUGGAGCAUCGUCCAAUCUCCUUGGCUGGCAUUUGUCACGUAUGGGUUCAUGUUUGGUCUGGGGAUAGGAACAGCUUACAUGGCUCCCCUCUCCUGUGGCAUGCGGUGGUUCCCAGAAAACAAAGGACUUGUAAAUGGGAUUAUCGUUGGUGGAUUUGGUCUUGGAGCCUUCAUCUUCAACUUCGCUCACACGGCCUACCUCAACCCAGAGAACAAGGUUGUCAGUAGCUCUGGUUACUUCACAGACGAGGACAUCUUGAAUCGGGUGCCAAGCUUAUUUCUCAUAAUGGGUGGAACUUAUGCAGUUAUCCAAGUGAUUGGGUGUUUGCUUCUGAAGAACCCCCCUCAACACUUCGAACAGGAAAGGGAAGGAAUCAGAGUGAAGAAUCAUCAAAAUUACGGAACAAUUAUGGAGCCAGGGAACAAUGAAGUCGAUGGUGUCAUCGACCUUCUGUCUCUUUCGGAGGAAGAUUCAAGUCUGUCACCAUCCCAAGUUUUGAGAACAAGAGAGCUGUGGAUGCUAUGGCUGACAUUCUUCUUUAACCAGCAGGCUGUGGGAUAUAUCUCCACCAUGUACAAGCCAUUUGGCCAAACAUUCAUCAGCAAUGAUCGUUACCUUUCCGUAGUCGGUGCCAUAGCAGCUCUCUUCAACUCUUUCGGCAGAAUAUUCUGGGGUAAACUCAUGGAUGACACCUCUUACAAGCUUGCCAUGACAAUGGUAACCGGCCUGCUCAUGGCAGAAUUCUUCUCAUUAUUGGCAACUUCUUUGGGAGGUGAACUGAUGUUUACCAUCUGGAUUUUUGCCAUUUAUGCCACCUUUUGUGGGACCUUUGUCCUCCUUCCAACUGUCACCUACCAAACCUUUGGUCCUACAUAUGCGAGCCUUAAUUAUGGGAUUGUCUUCAGCAACACAGUAUUUAGUGCACCGUUGACCUCCAUUCUGACACAGUAUCUCUCUGAAGAUUUUGGUUGGUUCGGGAUCUUCUGCUUGCUUGCAGGAUUUGCCUUCCUCAGCGUUCUGCUGACCUACUUUUACCCGGACAAUCCUUCACCACAGCUGAUAAGAGGAAGAAUGUCAGAGACAUGAAGUCACUGGAAGGAUUGCUGUGAUUAACUGCUCUCAGUUACUUCCUCCAAAGUGAAGCUUAAUGUGAUACCUUGCCAAGGGUCAUUCUUCAUCCAAGGAACAACAAAAUUCAUCAAAAUGAGAACAAUAAAGACUCAUGUCACCCGGG